UGGUCACAAGUGUCCAAUUGCAUGAAUAAAGAAAGAAAUGGAUGAGUGAAGAAUGUGUCAGAGGAUUUAUGCCUAAUUUAUUUGGCCGUCUCUUCGUUCACUUAAACACCAUCCUUCCAUCCCAUUUAAUUCCUUCUUCGUCUCCACACCCAACAGUUCAUUCAGACAUGAAGAACCCUUUUUCUCUUUUUGCUUGUUUCUCAGCGUCUUCCAAUCAACAAAACAACAACAACGAGGGUGAGAAUGAUGUUAUUGAUGAGGAGGAUGAUGGAGCCUUUCGUGUCUUCACUUAUAACCAACUGAAAACAGCCACUCGCAAUUUUCAAACCUCAGACAAGGUUGGAGAAGGAGGCUUUGGUACUGUGUACAAGGGAAGGCUUGCUGAUGGGAGUCUGGUGGCCGUGAAGGUAGUUUCGAUUGAGGUGGAAUCGAUGCGAGGAGAGAGUGAAUUCGUGGCGGAAUUGGCUUCCCUUGCAAAUAUCAGGCACCAAAAUCUUGUUAGACUGAGAGGGUGUUGCGUGGAAGGAGCUCAUAGAUAUUUGGUGUAUGAGUACAUGGACAACAAUAGUCUUUACCAAACCUGUUUGCGUUCGGAGGAAGGGAGGAUGAGAUUCAAGUGGGAAGCAAGGAAGGAAGUUUCCAAAGGUGUGGCUCACGGCCUUACCUAUCUCCAUCAACACCUUAGGCCUCACGUUGUCCAUAGAGACAUCAAAGCCAGUAACAUACUCCUUGAUACUAAUUUUAUGCCUAAGAUUUCUGACUUUGGCUUAGCUAAACUUUUAAGAGACGAAACGUCUUAUAUUAGUACUAAAGUAGCAGGGACAUUGGGUUAUCUUGCACCAGAAUAUGCUAGUUCUGGACGAUUCACAAGAAAAUCAGAUGUUUAUAGUUUUGGAGUUUUGCUUUUACAAAUUGUUAGUGGUCUACCAGUUGUGGAUGCCUAUCAAGAUACUGAUCGUUUCAUCGUACAAAAGGCAUGGAAAGCAUAUGAAGAGAACAACCUAAUAAGAAUGGUGGAUCCUAUGCUUAAUAUGAACUUUUCGGCGGAAGAGGUGAUUAGAUUCUUGAAGGUGGGUUUGCUUUGCGUGCAAGAAACAGCAAAGCUGAGGCCAAUAAUGUUAGAGGUUGUGGAGAUGUUGACCAACAACAAUGCUGACAUGAAUGACAUUCGCAUUUCCAAACCUGGCUUUGUUGCUGAUCUUAGGAACAUUAGAAUCAAGAAACAAGAAGGAGCAAUGCACUCAUCAAAGGAAUCAUCAAGUUACAGUGGAGCAACCUUUGCUGCAAGUCCAAGCUCCAUUUUGACUACUAUGAUGAAUGUUGGUCGUUAGUUUGGUCACCCCUAACAUUCUUUGAUCGAGUCUUCUUUGUUCUUCUUUUUUUUUCUGCGAGUGUUCAUUCUCUUUUUAGUCAUGUAUAGUAAGAUUGUUUUACAGGAAAUGAGAAUUUUUCUUUUUCUUUGUAUCCAAAAUAAUAAGACUAUUCCAAUAUACACUUUUGUGUCUUUUGGUUUCAUCGUGUAAUAUAAGUAGUCCAUUGGUUUCUUCCAAGUUCUUUGUUCAAUUGCUUCCGAUUGGUGGACCAAAACAAUGUGGCAGUUUGAGCAUA